AAUCGCACAUUCAUAUCAUCGUCCAAUCCCAGCGUCUGCAGCCCGGAAGCCCAAGCCGAAAGCCCAGGAUAGGCCAAAACUACACUUCCCACAAUGCUCUAGUCUAGAGCUCGCCGAAGCAGCUGGCUAGAGUAGGCGGAGUCCGGAAAGCAGGCUUGUGUCUUGUGCCCGUUCAUUCGUGUCUUCAUUAUGUAUCUACGUAGAUUUGUCAUAGGAGGAUCCGCCGCCACUGCCGCUAUCUUCGCUGCCGUAGCAGUUGGAAAGAACGGAGGAGACUCUUCAUUGACGGUGCCAGGAGGAAAGGGGCGAUGGGACCGAAACUGGGAUCGCCGAGAACCAAUGUCUCUGGUGAAUUUGAGCAAGAUCAAUGGUGAGAGCGGAGAGGAAGAGCUCAAUCAGCAUCUGAUUAAGCACAAGCCAAAAGCCACUCGUCACAUCUUCCUUAUAAGACAUUCACAGUACACGCUGGAUGGAAAGACUGAUGUGGACAGGGUACUUACCCCCCUCGGUCGUGAACAGGCUGAGCUCACUGGACAACGGCUGGCAAGUCUAGGACUGAAAUACAGUCAAAUUGUUCAUUCUUCAAUGACUAGAGCCAGAGAGACAACAGAAAUCAUCAGCAAAUACUUGCCAGGUGUGAAAAAAUCUAGCUCCGACUUGCUUCGUGAAGGAGCUCCUAUCCGACCAGAUCCCCCUGUCUGUCACUGGAAGCCAGAUGUUGAGCAGUACUACGAAGAUGGACCCCGUAUUGAGGCUGCAUUCAGGAAUUACAUUCACCGAGCAGAAGCAAAACAGGAAGAGGAUAGUUAUGAGAUUAUUAUUUGCCAUGCCAAUGUCAUACGCUACAUUGUGUGCAGGGCCUUACAACUACCCCCUGAAGCCUGGCUUCGCAUGUCGCUUAACAACGGCAGCAUUACUUAUUUGGUGGUCCGUCCCAAUGGUAAUGUGUCUUUGAGGAUGCUUGGGGACUCUGGUUUUAUGCCACCAGAAAAAAUUAGCCGAACGUAAGGAUGACUGCUAACCGACAUUUCCAGCUUUUCACUUCCUGCCCUGAAGAUACCAGGAUGAGAUAAUGCUGCAUUAUUUAUAACCAGCAACCUAUUCAGUGUGCCUUCAUGAGGGACGGGCAGCAAACAUUUUUUUACUGUUAUUAUUAUAUCCCCCCCCCCCCCCCCCCCAUCAUCUCUUGCAAUUUGGAAAACAUGAAGGCACAUUACGCAGAUAGUAGAUGCCUAGGACAUUGGGCAUUAAGGGUAUCAAGAUUUUAUUAUACAGACUCCAGUUCUACGUGUAAACCACCUGUUUUAAACACAAGAUGUGCAUGUCUUUUUGUACUGUAACUGUUUUAGAUAUAGAUUGCAUGGUAUAGGAGAUGGUCAUUAUUUUUUUUGUAAACAAAAUAUUUUUACACUUUUACAAAAGAAUGCGGUGAAGAUGCCACAUGUGGACAUAACUCAAUAGAAUGUUAGAUGCAUUAGGCAUCAACAGACCGCUAGGGUUGCCGUGUGUGCAGUGCAGGGUCAGUGCAUAUAGAUCAGUAUGAAGUGGCGCACUAUGGAUGCAUUGUGCUGCAGUACAGGCUUGGUGCACAUGGAUUUCUCCUGUGUAUAAGGUGCGCUAUUAGGGAUGCUGUGCUACAGGCUCAGUGCACAUGGCUGUUACAUAUAUGAGUUAUAAUGGAUAACUUAUAUUUUAUGGACUAGUAAAACUUGGAAUAGAUUUGCUAAUCUCUAACCUUUUUCUGGUGUUUGAGGAUGAUAAAUCUCCCCCAAAAUUUACUCCUCUGUUCUUUCUGAGCUCAUUAGUCUAAGUUGGUGGUCUUAUUAGUGAUUGACAGCCUCCCCUCUGUAAUGGCAUAUUUAGAUGUGCCAAGCAAGGAGACCAUUAUCGGGAAGGGACUGGACUGUUCCUUCCUAAUAACUGCCUCCUUGUCAGUGGAGGUGAAGGGCUGCAUUUACAUGCAGUGAUCUCCACUAUAUGGGGGCGAGCAGUGGCUACUGCCAUUACUCAUCCUCAUACAGAUUCAUUGUUUCUGGUCAGCAGAUCACUGUGCACACAGCACAAUCUGCUGCCCAGAAACAAUGAUUUUAGAUGCUGCAUGAGAGAUUCACCCGAUGCACAAGCUUGUUCAUCUGGUUAUUGGCAAAGCCAUUAAUUGGCCUGAUUAUCAGGAACAAACCUUACUAUUAUAGUGUAGUGUAAAUCUGCCAUUAGUCGUUUUAAAUAGGUAGCUGUCAGUCUCUGAAAAGACUGCCCACUUGGCUACUGAGCUCAGAAAGAGGAGAAAUUUUAAAUGCCCAACAUCUAUGCGUUUCGAACCACUUGGGUUUGUGCUCGCAUGAAUACAAGACCAACACACAGGAAUUUAAAACCAUUGUGAACCUAUCGCCUGCAAUCACCAAGAUAUAGCAAAAACCUGAAAGGCACUAGCACUGUUGUGAAAUGUACUUUUGUUUAUUACAUGUUCACGUAUUUUCUGAACUUUACAGCCACUUAUAUGGACAUAUAUAUUCAUUAAUAAACAUUCAUGAGAUCAUUUUUUAAAGUUAAAACCUGCAGUAAACCUAAGGUCAUUUAUGAAGACUGGUGUUUUAGACGUCUAGUUUAAUAACGUCAUGAGCUGUCGUUGGAUCCGCCGAAGUUAUGAAGAGGCUACAAUUUCGUUGCAUCCACCGCAGUUUUAAAUCUAUGCCAGCUCCCUUGCUGUCUUAAAUUUACAGCAUUUUCUAUGCCUAAAAUAGGUGUACAUAGAAAAUGAUAAAUCAGACAGGACUUCCGGCCCUUCCCUCGCCUUUUUUUUUUUUUUAGACCUGGCAAGUGCAGGGAAAAGUCGCAGAUUGUGACGCAAAUAACCUUUGCACCAGAAAUACACCAAAAUAGGUGAAUUUCUGUUAUUAAUUCCCCUCCCUUAGUUUUUAAACGCUAGAUCCAGAAUGAAUCC